CUGGGAUGUUUUAGUGGAAUGCUCGAUAUGAAAUGUCCCACGAGAGGUUUCGCGCUUGCUACAUGGUUCGCUAUGGUGACGUACACUGAUUCCAUUUCAGUUAUUGGGCCCACUUGCUUCAGAUGUGAUCGCGAAGUGCUUCCUACGACGUGCUCUUCUGUUGUUACAUGUGGUCCACAUGAGAUAUGUGCGAUCGAGAAAGGGGUCGACUUCUUAAACAAUGAUGUCUUCUGGUCCGGCUGCAAAGACAAAAGAGACUGUGCCAGUAACAAAAGAAGAAACUCACCCGAUGACGUCACUGUCACGUGCUCAACUUGUUGUGAUGGCAACUUAUGUAACUCUGAGGGCUGUGGGAAAGCAGGAUUUCCACAAGGUGGGCUCCAUGUUUGUUUUAACUGCGCCAAUAUGACGUCAUCAUCCAAUUGUUCCCGUGUUGCCAUGUGCCAAAAGGACGAGGUUUGUUACUUUGAAGAAGUGCCACACAAACACAGUGUUGUCUACCGUUCCGGUUGUAGAAACUUGCCGGACUGUAAAACGAGUCGGUCAUGUGGAGGUUGUUGUCUUGGAAAUUUUUGUAAUUCUGGGUGUAAUCCGUACGACAACCUUAAGCCACCUUACCAAUACGUCACACUGACGAAUCCCUCAGGACUGGCGUGGAUAACGAUCCCUCCUCAACAGUGAUUGGUCAGCUGUUAUCCCCAUUAUA